UCCCUAAAUUGUCCCCUUAGCCUAGGCCAAAAAAAAUCUCGCGAUAGGUGGUAGUCGCCAUAUUGUGUGACACUAUUUUGAUUCGUAUUGGAUCUGGAAGUGAGAAAGGAAAAGAAAAAGUAAAGGGAGAAAAAAAAAAUAGAAGAACUGUCAAAAUAACACCCGAUAAUUUAAAGCAGCGGGGGCUACGGCGUGCUAUUGCCUCCUCCUCCUCCAGGAAAGCGGUGAAGGCCAAGGUGCUGUUUUCUUUACCUCUUUCCAAAGUUCCUCCUCCCUGCUUCUCUGACAGUACCCCCGGCCCUGAGGAGAAUCGGUGGCGGUGUCUCGGGUGUUGAAGGUGGCCCGGGGAGCGGCGGCGGAGACGAAGAUGCUUGAGAGGAGGGAAGAGUGCUGCCGCCACUGAGGCCUAAAACUGCAUAACCGAGCAAACAGCUCUUGACCAGGCAAAACACGAAUGGCCCAGGGAAGUCAGCAGAUUGAUACCCAGGUGUUACAUGACCUGUGCCAGAAGUUUCCUGAGGUACCUGAGGGUGUUGUAUCCCAGUGUAUACUGCAGAAUAAUAACAAUUUGGAUGCCUGUUGUCAAUUCCUGUCUCAUGAGAGCACCAAGUAUCUUUAUGGAGAAGGAGAUCUAAACUUCCCUGACGAUUCCAGCAUUUCCGGACUUCGAAAUCACAUGACCCAGCUGAACCUUGGCUUGCAGUCGCAGAAUGUGUAUCACCCAUCCGGCUGGGAAGGAGUUAGAAUGAAUGGGAGCAGGACUCUGGCCCACAGCCUCAGUGACGGGCCCCUCCAGGCCGAACAGCCAAACACCGAAUUUUUUCAGCAAGAACCCCAGUCAGCUCCGGUGCAAGGGCCUUCCCACUUAAACGUCUUUGGAGUUAUGGACACAACGCGAAACCCACAUCCUCCGCAGCACCUUGGACUUUACCAGUUGGGUGGCAAAGGAAACUCUGCAAGCUCUCAACAGGCCCCUAGAUUUAACCCUAUCACAGUCACACUGGCCCCCAAUAUUCAGACUGGCCGAAACACCCCCACCUCUUUGCACAUACACGGUGGGCCCCCGCCGGCUCUAAACAGUCCCCAGGGUAACUCUAUCUAUAUUAGGCCUUAUGUCACUCAAUCUGGUACAACCCGGCAAACUUCUCAGCAGCAGCAAGUGGGUUGGUCACAAUUUGGUCCCAGCUCACAACAGCAGCAGCAGAUCUAUCAGAUCACCCAUCCUUCCCAGUUGCCUGGCCCCUGUACUCACCCAUCCCAGUACAGCUCUACACAUACCUCAACGCACCAGCCACAGGGCCACCAGACGUCUCACGUCUACAUGCCCAUCAGCUCACCCACUACUGCUCAAGCGCCUCCUUUCAUCCAGGCUGCUCCCGGCAGCCAGCCUUCUUCAUCUUCCUCUUUCAGCCAAUACAACAUUCAGAACAUCUCCACAGGGCCACGCAAGAACCAGAUUGAAAUCAAACUUGAAUCACCCCAGCGGAGUAACUCCAACACCACCACUGCAGUGCUGCGCCCUGGAGGAGUAGGAUCAGGCUGCGGCGGACCUCGUUCAUCCUCCUCCACUGCUGUCCCUUCCUCCUCUGCUGCCACCUGUUCCACAACACCCUUAUCCAUCAGCAGUCAGUCACUGAGCCGCAGCCAACCCACCGUUUACAUAGCUGCCAGCCCGCCCACUUCCUCUGCUGCUGCUGCUGCUGCUGCUGCUGAGGAGGCCUCAAUGGCUUCCUCUGGCUCCCGCACCCACCCCAAGUUUUACAUUUCAGCCAACGCAAACCCCACGGGUGAUGACCCUAGUCUCCGGAACCCGCCCACACUCUACAUCUCUUCCAAUCCACAAAUGCCAGGGACAGCUGCCUGUCGGAACAUGGCAGGGCAGGUGAGCAUGGGCCCCGCCUACAUCCACCACCACCCGCCCAAAUCCCGGGCUUCCAUGGGCAGUUGUGGCACCGCCACCUCGCCCAGGGUGGUGGUAACUCAGCCCAACACCAAGUACACUUUUAAAAUCACAGUCUCUCCCAACAAGCCUCCGGCCGUCUCCCCUGGGGUGGUGUCCCCCACCUUCGAAGCCACCAAUUUGCUCAGCGUUCCAUCUGAUCACUUUGCUGAACCCGAGGCCCAUCAUCUUUCGGACCCAUUGUUAGUGCAGAGGGAAAGACCUAGCGAGGCCAGAAAACUCAGCAUGGGAGCAGACGAUGCAGCCUACACGCAAGCUUUAAUGAUACACCAGAAGGCCAGGAUGGAGCGGCUCUGGCAUGAACUUGAGAUGAAGAAGAAAAAGCUGGAAAAACUAAAAGCCGAGGUGAAUGAAAUGGAGACUGACCUUACUCGAAGACGUCUACAAAGAUCCAACUCCGUCGCCCAAAUACCUUCACUUGAGGAAAUGCAACAGUUAAGAUGCAGAAACAGAAAACUGCAGAUAGACAUUGACUGCUUAACCAAAGAAAUUGAUCUCCUUCAAACAAAAGGACCACACUUUAAUCCCAGCGCUAUUUAUAAUUUCUAUGACAACAUUGGCUUUCUAGGUCCUGUUCCACCAAAGCCCAAAGCAGAGCAGAGAUCUCUUGUAAAAACACCAAAGACUGUACCAGACACAGAAGAGGAUGAAGGGGCUCAGUGGAAUUGUACUGCCUGUACCUUCCUGAAUCACCCAGCCCUUAACCGCUGUGAACAGUGCGAGUUUCCUAGGCAUUUCUGAGCCAACAGUUUACGUUAAGCAUUUUCUUCUUUUUCUUUUGUAGAACAGACAUCUAGAGGAGCAGGAGGGCAUUUUUUAUCCUGUUGGUAAUAGGUUACGGACAGGGUUUUCUGGAGCGCUUCAUUAAAGUUCUUGUGGUAAAGCAGAAGAUGUGGCCACUGAAGGCUCGCCUGAUUAGUGUUUACAGGUUGUGUGCUUAAGCCCUUAGAGCUGAUAAUACCACAACUUUGGGUUGAGAGCAGUUGGGGGAAUUUGUUAAAAACUGGCAAAUCGCCUGGCUUUAUAUUUAAAUAAAAAAAAAAAAAAAAGAAAAGUGAAAACACUUUCACAAGCAGCCUCUACCAUAUGCAGUAUUACCAGUGCCUCCUGUUGGUGUCAAAGCAUGGAGCUGAAAGCUAUUUUGCCCUUUUUUCCUGUAGUUUUGGGGACAAGGCCAUAAGCGCUUCCUAGUGGAAACACUCCACUGUAACACUACAAUUGAAGGGAGAAAACAUAAAGGAAUUACUUUAACAAUCUAGUUGGUCACUUUCAUUAAGAACGGGAAGAGUUUCUGAUAUCACUGGUACCUUUACCUGCCUUGUACCACCUUCUCUGAUUGCCUCUACAAUCUCCACAGUCAAAUCUAAAACACACAUUGAAAAUAAACUGCAUGCUUUGUCUACAGUGGGGGAAAAAAUACCCCAAAAUACUUUUUUUUACUGUGCAUAGUUUUAGAGCCUGCUUUAAGUGACUUUUUUCUUCAUGCUAUGAGUUUCUUGUAUUUCCUAUAUGUAUAGUAUAAUAGACUUAAUAACUAACCUAUUUUUUUUUUUUCAUUUUUAAGUAAGCACGAUGUCCCUUUUAAGCUUUUACUUGAUAUUUGGGAGAAGUGAAGACUUAUUUAAAAAAAAUAAGAGCAAUAUGAAACUCUGCACAAUUUCAGCGUUCUCUGCUCAGUCUGUUCAUUGCGUCUGUAAAUGCUGACGUUCUAAGUAAGAUCUGCAGAUGCAGCUAAGAAACAACGUUGAGGUAAAGUUCAGAGGGUUAAUGAGUUUUGAAAAAAAAAAAAAAAAAAACUCACUGAACUUCACAGCGGGUGACAAACAAAUAGAGGGUGUAAAUCUCAUGCCGCUACUGAGAAUUAUUUCUGUCUGGUUCCGUUAUGUGGAACUAAUUUUAAAUUUCUUUUGCAACUUAAGUGACAAAAACGUUUAACAAAAUAACGGUAGUGUGACAUGUUUUGAAUCGGCAAACUUUAAAUAAAUAAACUAAAGGUUUUUUUUGUUUGUUUUUAUAUACAAUAAAUGGAAAUAGAUCAGUAACAGGUGGAGCUGUUGACAUGUUCUUAUUUGUAAAGUAUAAAAAUUAUCUUUUCAGCAUGAUUUGAGAAUUACAAAAAAUAUAUGCAAUAAAUGGUUAAUACAAGACUAUAAUAUAAUAGUUUUUAAUAAUCUUUGGGGUUAUAUGUUAACCAGAUGUUUUGAAGCACACAUACCGUUUGUUAUAUAUACUUUCAGUUUACUUUCAUACAAUGUUCUAUUAGAAGAUUUUAAAUGCAAUUCAUUCUUUAAAUUAUGAAAAGGAUCAUUGAAAGUUAUUUGUGAAAUGUAAGUAAAUAUGUUUUUUUCUUAAGUCAAAUAGGGAAUUUUGUGCAAAAAUACCAUAUUUGAAUUUAGCUUUUACUAAAACUCUUUUUGUUUACUUUUUUAAAUGAAUUUUCAUGUUUAAAAAAAAAAAAAAGUUUGUCACACACUGAGAUGCUACAGCAGUUUUUUUUCUUUUCUUUUUUUUGUAGAAUAAAAUUCUAGAAAUGAUCUAUGCAAAUACAAGGAAGCCUUUGUUGCUAAAAGACUUCAGUUGUAGAUCAUGGGAAUACAUUUGUUGGUAAAAUCCCAGAGCUGUAUCUCUGAAGCACUUGCAUCCGACCUUUUUAAUUUUUAAAGAGUGAUCUGGUUUUCAGCUUCAUCUGCAGUUCUAUGUGAAGAUUGACAGAUUUGGUUUAUUCCUGUUUUAUUAAUAAAACCUAAUUUGGAUAUCUAAAGUUGGUUUUUUGAUUUUAGCUGGGAAAACUGUCUUUGUAACAGAUAAGUUAUUUGUAAAAAAUAAUUAAAAAGUCGUCUGGA